AUGGCGGGUGUUAAUGGCGGGUUUGAGGAUGACCCGGCCGGGUGCUACACGCAGCUUCUCUGUGGGGACGAAAUAAUUACGGGUCUUGAAACGGAUAGUUGUUUCGGGUUCGGAUCUUCUUCCAUAUUCUCGUCUGAUAAUCGUAUUGUAAAUACUCCGAAAAUGCUGUGUUUUGGUGAUUACGAGAAUGUCAAGGAAACGGGUCGGGUACCCGGACCCGCAUGCAUGGUGGCGGAUCCUACCUCACUUUCUUCAACCAAGAUUAUCAGCUCAUUGCCCAACUCCACUAAGAAGAGAAACGGGUCGGGUAUUCUCAAUUCGGGCGGCCCGACUGGAAGUCGGAGGAACAGUAAGAAGUCAAAGCCGGAGAAUUCUAUCACCGGCGGCCAUGCAAAGGUUGUUAAGAAAGAGAAACUUGGUGAAAGAAUCGCAGCGUUGCAGCAGCUUGUUUCGCCUUUUGGCAAGACCGAUACGGCAUCGGUCCUUCACGAAGCAUUGGGGUAUAUUCGAUUUUUGCAUGAUCAAGUGCAGGUCUUGUGUUCUCCGUAUUUGCAGCGUCCCGAAGAUAUCGAGACGACUAUAGUUUCAAAAUUGCCGGGUCUUAUUAGAACCGGAGGAAAGAGAACCGGAGACAAAUCUCGUAUGCGCGCUUACAUAAUUGUUAAUUUGUUCAGGAAUUCCAGUAUUCACUGUACGAAAAUGAGUGCUAAUUCGGAUUCGAAAUCGAAAAGGAGUUUCAAAUCGAUGUCCUCAAACCCUUCUUCUUCUGGUAACAACAGCGGUGAUGGCAAAAGCUCGAGCAAGAAGAGGAAGACCGCUCAGAAAACCCUGGGCAUGGCUUGGGGUGCUAAUUCCCGCGCUUCUUCUAAUUCCGCCUCCCGCAAUUCGCCCUUCGCUGAUUUCGGCAGUUACAUGGCUGUAAAGAAUCAGAAACUACACGAACAGUUUGACGCUGCUGCUUCGAGUUCUUCUCAUAGUGCAUCCACCUCUGGGAAGUCCAUAUUUCGCGGGGUUUCGAUUUUUGUUGAUGGAUAUACUGUUCCUUCAAAUCAGGAGCUUCGAGGAUACAUGUUGAAGUAUGGAGGACGUUUUGAGAAUUAUUUUUCAAGGCAUCGUGUUACACAUAUAAUAUGCAGUAAUCUCCCUGACAGUAAAAUCAAGAAUUUGAGGGCUUUCAGUGGUGGACUUCCAGUAGUUAAACCCGCAUGGCUGCUUGAUUCAGUUGUUGCUAAUAAACUUCUUAGUUGGAUUCCCUAUCAGCUUGAUCAACUUGGAACUGAAAAAGAUAACCAAUCAAAACUAUCUACCUUCUUUACUCCAAAAAAAGAUGGAGUAUCUGAGAGUGCAGAAUUUCUUGUUGAUGGUCAACUAAUAUUUGAAAAUGAUAAUCAAUCACCGAGUAGGGUGGAUUCCAGUUUCCCUGAAGAUAAUGCAUCUUUAGAGCAAACAGACAGGUUCCGUGAAGAACUGGAUGACCACUCACAGUUGAACAUUAACAAACCGAUAUCUGAAGAGCCAGCUUGCAGCGUAGAAAGUUCCUAUGAAGUAAAAGGGGUCGAACUGAAUGAUUCUCCAGAUUUAGAUGAGAAGAAUUCUGAUUUGAAGCACAAGUCUAGCACAUUUCAGGCUUCUGUUUCACUUUCCAGUAGUAGCCUCAGUAUUCAUAAUUCUACUAAUCCUUCAAGCUCCAGGACCAAGUUAGCUCCUAACCAGGGCCAUUCAACUCUUGUGGACCCCAAUUUUGUGGCAAAUUAUUUUAAG